GCCGUGUGUUAUCCUGAAUUCUACCUCGGCCUCGCGACGGCGGUGCGAGCGCGAGCAGCGGCAAUGGCGACCGCGGCGGCGACCAUGACCAUGGCUACGCACCACCCCCGCGCCCGCCCACGCCUCCGCGUCUGCGCCGCCUGGGACAUGAACCCGGGCGCCGCCACCGUGGCCAUGCCCAAGCCCUCCAAGGCGAAAGCCAAGCCGCCGGCGACCCCGACGACCCCGCCCCGCCCGCCUGCUCCGAACCACGCCGACCUCUUCGCACGCUCCAGCGAGGGUCAAGGAGAAAAGAAGAGCACAUAUAUGGGCUUUGAGAAAUGGUGGUUGCCACCACCCCCAGAGGUGAAGAAACCCCGAUCGCUCUACAGCGCGGCAUCACUGGCUUACUUGGGAGACUGCAUAUAUGAACUUUAUGCUCGGAGGCACUUCUUCUUUCCACCUCUGAGCAUCAAUGAGUACAACAAACGCGUGAUGGAUGUUGUGAAGUGUGAGUCACAGGAUCUUUUGUUGAACAAGCUUCUUGGAGAGGAUUUUCUAACUCAAGAAGAAAGGGACAUACUUCGUUGGGGGAGGAAUAUUGUUAGCAGCAAAACUCGCACCAGGAAGCGUGCAGGAAUUGCAGUCUACAAUCGGGCAUCUUCACUUGAAACACUGAUUGGAUACCUUUACCUCACAAAUUUCAAGCGGUUAGAGCAACUGAUGUUUCAAUUAGGCUUCACAAGUGGUGCCUCUUCACAACAUAUUGCCGAGGAGCUGCGCUCAAGUUUCCAGAAAACAACCCCCAUUACUACCCAAGCUCAGCAACCUGCUACGCAGUGAACAAUUCUGAGGUGUAAUGAACUAUCACCUGCACUGCUGCCCAGGGAUUUCUCAUGGAGCUCAACGACUGACAUGAGAAUGCCUGGCUUGCGGCAUAUUAGGAUCCAAUAGUGAGGCUGGAAUCAUCGGCAAGCGAAUGGAGCAAUAUGAUUGAUGAGACGCGCACAUACACUGGACAGUAUGCCGACUUGAAUGUUGGGGAGGAUCUGGGGCUUGUGACUAGGAUAGUUUGCUAUGGCAAAGAAUUUCCAGAUUGGGGCUGGUGAAAGGCAAAUAGAAUUAAGGCUCAAUUUGUAGUGUUGUAAUCGACAUAAAUUCAUGUAGGAAAUAAACGGCUUCGUGUGAAUCUGUUCACAAAACCACUGAAAAUUUCUCUCAAACAAAAUAUACACGUCUUAAUGUUUUCCUGCAA